AUGUCCAACGACCGCGCCCCCGUCGCCGACACGGCCGAGAUCAACGCCUGGUUCCCCUCGCCCUACUCCCUGACCCAGUACGUCCCGGCCACCACCGACUUUGCCGGCACCUCGUCCCCCCGCCCCUACACGGGCGGCCGCUGGAAGGUUCUCCUCAUCGGCACCCAGGAGCGGUACCUGCCCAUGGCCGACGGCCGCUUCUUCUCCACCGGCAACCACCCGGUCGAGCUGCUGCUGCCGCUUCUGCACCUCGACGCCGCCGGCUUCGACGUCGACGUGGCCACGCCCUCCGGCGGGCCCGUCAAGUUGGAAGUCUGGGCGUUUCCCUCCCGCGACGAGGCCGUGACCCAGAUUUACAAAAAGUACGAGGAAAAGCUCCGCGCACCCCUCAGCCUGGAGGCGCUCUGGGAGGGCAGCAGCAGCAACGGCGGCUUCGACGCCAGCACGCCGUACUUGGCCGUCUUCGUCCCCGGCGGCCACGGCGUUCUCAACGACAUCCCCCGGUCUAGGCUGGUCGGGGACGUGCUGCGGUGGGCGCACGCGCAGGACCGGUACGUCGUCACGCUGUGCCACGGGCCGGCGGCGCUGCUGGCGGCCGAGGUCGGCGCGCCGGCCGGCAGCAGGUUUCUGUAUGAUGGCUACGAGGUCGUUGCGUUCCCGGACGCGCUAGACCAGGGCACGAAUAUUGACAUUGGGUACAUCCCGGGCAAGAUGCAGUGGCUGGUUGGCGAGGCGCUGCGCAAGCGAGGCGUCAAGACGCUGAACGAGGGCAUCACCGGACGCGUGCACAGGGAUCGGCUGCUGCUGACGGGCGACUCGCCGCUGGCGUCGAACGCGCUGGGCAAGUUGGCGGCGGAGACGCUCUUGGAGGCUGUGGCCAAGCGUGGCUAG